AUGGAAAGGGUCGCUCGAAGAGUACAAGCAAACAUCGAGGCCUUACAAACGAAAUUGGAUCAUGUUCACACGUGGAAUACAACAAGUAGUGUGUCUGAACGUUUUUUAAAAUCUCUGAAUGGGUCUGUAGAACAGAAAAUCAAAGACACAGUGAGAAAAUCGCUUUUAGACUCAGUCCUAGUGGAAUUCAGAGAUGGCAAAAUCAUUUUAUCUCCUCGACUCGUUUUCUUACUACAGAACGAGCGCAUCAUGAACGAAAUACAACGUUUUCUGGAAUCAUUAACUGGACCUCAAUUGGCAAAGGCUUUACACCAGGUCAUUACCAUCGACAUGGAAAACGUUCGAAAAUCCAUCGAUAAGGCGAUCACAACAUAUCAUCAGGAUGAUUUGAAUAGGGCUGACUUUGCCUUCAUGUCUCGCGGCGGCCAAAUUAUCGAUCAUAGUCCCGGUUAUGGUCGUUCUCCGCUGCAGCAGCUUUUCCACAAAAAUCAAGUCCAAGCCGUGAUCCAACCAGGCCGUUACGUUGGAAAAUGUUGGUCUAUGAGAGGAAGCAGCGGUAGCAUCACCAUUCGGCUUUCUGAAAUUGUUCAAAUUGAUAGCAUGACCAUCGAAUAUCCAUCCAUGCAAGUCAUCUUAUCGAUGAAGAAUGCACCUAAAGAUAUACUAGUGUACGGCAGUUUAUUCACAGACCACUGGCGGUGGAUUGGUCAAGUUCAAUACGAUGUUCAAGGUCCCAGUAUCCAGACUUUCCCAAUCGCUAAUCAAGAUGCAUUUUAUUUUCGAAAAGUUCGGUUGGAAAUUAUGUCUAAUUGGGGCGAUCCGACACAUACUGAUAUUUAUCGUAUCCGAAUCCAUGGAAAACCAAUGCUAUCCGCGAGAUGA